AUGUUUUAAUUAAUCUUGUCAGCUGACUAAAUUGUAUAUUAUUGUAAAUAGCUUCAAAUUGUAUUAUAAAAUUGUGAGUUAAUAUUUGAAGUUUAAAUCAUCGAAGGAUGCGUCUCUCAAAAUUAAAAGAAUGGGCUUACACACCUAGCUCUAUAAUGGAAAGCAAUGAUAAUGUAGACACAGGAAGAUAUGAGUUUUUGAAACAGGUCAACUGGUACAGCAAUCCUGUAGUUAAAGUCUCAAACUGGGAAUAUCCUCUCUUAUCAUUGCCUUACGACAAUAUUACACAAAAUCAAAAGAUAUCACAAUAUAAUAGACUUGGUUUUUCUAAUGAGGACAACCUAAUAUCAGUAUCCAGGGAGGCACAGAUGCAAGUGUUUGAAAAUACUGUGAAACAACCAAAACACAAAUAUUGUCCUAUGUUGAAUUUAAUUACAUACCCAACAACUAUGAGUGCCAGAAGAGAAGAAAUAAGACGGCUAAACAAUCUUAUCUGUGACAAUUUGUGUACAAACCUUGUAGAUUACAGAUCAACAACACACACUGAUUACCCAACUCCCUAUCCUUUCAUAGGCAAGCAUUAUCCAAGGGAAGAGUGUCUGAAGGUAGAGAAGAAAUAUGGAAGAACGACUAUGCAUCCAUGUACAGCAAUAGUGAAACCAGGAUAUAACAAAUUCAUGGAUGAAGAACCAGAUGAUUAUUAUGCAUUAAAAAAACAGCCUCGAUCCAUUCUUCCAUAUAACUUACAUUUUCCACCAGAAGAGACAUGGAAACGGAUAAGACAAGACCGGCACCGGCUAGCCCCACUUUGAAAGAUCCAGACAUUUUAAGAGGUCAUGCCCACAAUCUAUAAAGUUAAAAAAUAAAUUAAAAACUUUAAAUUUUUA